UCAAACUACCACAACAUAGCUAUGCUUAACCGAAUAGAUUGUAAAUAAUAUACCCCCACUCCGCUUCUGUUGGGAUUUCAGGCGCGUAAAGGUAUUCAUACUUGCACAAUUUAUGGGAGAAUGGAAAGGAUUAAAUAACGUCAUCAUCUAUUUCAUCAUGGAAUCACUACAGCCUUGUGCUCUGCCAGCUGCAUUCUUUUUGGGUACUGUGCAAGCAAGCAACAAACAAAAGCAUGAUGCACAGCCCAGACCGGACAAUGUCGUCGAAACAGUAAGCAAAAACCAAAGCACAAGCAUAAUGGAAUACGCCGCGAAUUUAUCAAAUCCUCGAGAAUUUCUUUUGUGUCGACUCCAACCCCGUAACCUGAUCGGUUUCAAGGCCCCAACCCUAAGAAAAAAGCAUGGACAUGUGAAAGAAAACAACAUGGAGGGAUAAUAUGAAGAUAGAAAUAAAAGGCAUCAUAACUUGAGUGGCGGGGUAAGGUGAGAGGAUCAGUAGGCAAAAGGGGGUGGGGGGUGGGGGUAGAGGUGGGAGGUUAAGCCACCAAGUCACUGUUGACCUCAAUUUCGUGCAUCCA